UUUUAUUACCAUUAUAUUGAGGGGGGUCGGUAUAUUACUUUAAGUGGCUCCUUUGAGCUAGAAUGAACUGUUCUAGCACAGGACACAGCGACUCACAGAACUCUGAUUUUCUCCUCUGCAUCUUAAGCCCCAGAGCCUUAAUGAGCACAUGCAGAGUGGGGGCGUGGCCUCCUGACCCAGCGGGAACGCCCCACUGUCCGCUGGCCCCACCGAGAACCUGGAUCCAGCAAGCAGCCCAGGGAGCUUGUAUUGGGCCAGAGAGCAGCACCCACUUCUCUAGGGUCCAGUGUGUGCUGCAACGGAGUCAGAGGAGGCGCUCUUUGGUCGGCUAUGACCUGCGAUGUCCGCCAACGAUCCAGGCAGAGCCGAGGCUGGAGCUCAAGGUUCACCUCCUCCAUCUGCAGUUGACAGCCUGAGGUCUCCCUCUGCCACGUGUCUCCUAGACACACACGGUCCAGCUCACCAAGCUAUGGAUUGUUCUAGAACUUCACCAAGCAACUCCUGGAUUUUUCCCACGGUGAUCCUUUGCUUAUAUGGAUUUUUCUCCAUGAUGAGACCAUCAGAACCAUUCCUUAUCCCAUAUUUAUCUGAACCAGAUAAAAACCUGACCAGCACAGAGAUCACGAACGAGAUCCUUCCAGUGUGGACGUACUCCUACCUGGCGCUGCUGCUCCCUGUGUUCGUCCUCACCGACUACGUCCGCUACAAGCCGGUCAUCGUCCUGCAAGGCACCAGCUUCAUCGUGACCUGGCUGCUGCUCUUGUUCGGCCGAGGAGUCAGAGCCAUGCAGGCUGUCGAGUUCACCUUCGGGAUGGUCUCGGCCACCGAGGUGGCCUACUACGCCUACAUAUACAGCGUGGUCCGCCCUGAGCACUACCAGAGGGUGAGCGGCUACUGUCGGAGCGUCACGCUGGUGGCCUACACUGCGGCCUCGGUGCUGGCCCAACUCUUGGUAUCCUUGGCGAACCUGUCUUACUUCUACCUCAACGUCAUGUCCUUGAUCUCUGUCUCUGUGGCCUUCCUUUUCUCACUCUUUCUACCAAUGCCUAAAAAGAGUAUGUUUUUCCAUGCAAAACCCAGCAAAGAAGUUCGUCCAAAACCACCGGGAACGGAUGCGGACCUUGGGGAGGCUCGGGAGGAUCCUGAAACGGUUCAGCAGAAAUCCUCCAGUAUUUCCAGGGAGCCAGAAUGCAGCCACCUGGGCACCCAAAAGACUGAAAAUGUGGUUUUGAAGAAUUUUGUGCAGUGGUUCCAAGACCUGAAGGAGUGCUACUCCUCUAAGCGUCUUUUUUACUGGUCUCUGUGGUGGGCUUUUUCCACGGCAGGUUUUAAUCAAGUUUUGAAUUAUAUUCAAAUCCUAUGGGAUUACAAAGCACCAUCCCAAGAUUCUUCCAUCUAUAACGGGGCAGUGGAAGCUAUCGCAACAUUCGGAGGGGCUCUGGCUGCCUUUGCAGUGGGCCACGUGAAAGUGGACUGGGACCUUCUGGGAGAGCUGGCCCUGGCGAUCUUUUCUGUCAUCAGUGCUGGCUCCCUGUUUCUCAUGCAUUACACACUCAGCAUCUGGGUGAGCUACGCCGGCUAUCUGAUGUUCAAGGCCAGCUACAUGCUCCUUAUAACUGUAGCCGUAUUUCAGAUUGCAGUUAAUCUGAGUGUGGAGCGCUAUGCCCUGGUGUUUGGCAUAAACACCUUUAUUGCCUUGGUGAUUCAGACCAUCAUGACUAUGAUCGUAGUAGACCCCAGAGGGCUCAGCUUGGCAAUCAGCAUUCAGUUUUUAGUUUACGGAAGUUAUUUUGCUGUCAUUGCUGGAAUGUUCCUAAUGAGAAGCAUAUACAUUCUCUACUCGCUCAAAUGCCAAAAGAAAGUUCAGAGACUCCCUAUGAUUCAGAGUCCAGCUAAGUUACACACAGAGGAGCCAGUUAAUACCACCCUGUCAACAAAGCUCUAACCUUAUCACAUCAACACAGUGUUUUCCAAAAUCACUGACUGAAAUUGCAGGAUUUUGCAACUAAUACAUUGAUGUGUUCUGCAAGCUGGAUUCCACUGAACCUUCC